AAAUCGCUUUUAUGCGUGAAAUCUCGCGAGAUUAACCUUGCGACAGUAGGUGCGUGAGAUCACAAUCUCGCGAUAUUUCAUAGUCUUCAUCGCCACCGUAUGCGUCCAGUGGGACAGUGUGCUUCAUGGCGGUAGCGGUUUUGCGAUUCUGAGCAGUAAAUAAACACUAAACGGUCUCCCUGGGUAUUUCUUCAAGAGUAACGUGCAUUAGGACACCUCAGAAGAGAGCAGGCGCUAAAGCAUAUCUCUUGACUGUACUAUAAAUCCAAAGCCAAUGGCAGAACAAAUUGGGUUCAAACCUCCUCCUUAAGGGGGGCUCUGCAUCACUGGAGUUCAUUUGAGCAAAGGGAGGCAAGGCUCUGAUGAUGGAGAAUGGACAGAGCACAGCCUCGAAGCUUGGCCUGCCGCCCCUCACCCCUGAACAGCAGGAGGCUCUGCAGAAGGCGAAGAAGUAUGCCAUGGAGCAGAGCAUCAAGAGCGUAUUGGUCAAGCAGAGCCUCGCCCAGCAGCAGCCAAUUAACAACAUCCAGCUCCCAAAUUCCUUACAGAUGGCCUCACUGACCAUGGCUGGCUUCGGUGACCCACUUUCACCCUUACAGUCGGUUGCCGCACAGCGACAGCGAGCACUCGCCAUAAUGUGCCGUGUUUAUGUCGGUUCGAUCUACUACGAGCUUGGAGAAGAUACCAUUAGACAAGCGUUUGCUCCGUUUGGGCCAAUCAAGAGCAUCGACAUGUCCUGGGACUCGGUUACACUUAAGCACAAGGGGUUUGCAUUCGUAGAAUAUGAGGUACCAGAGGCAGCACAGCUGGCUUUAGAGCAGAUGAACUCGGUCAUGUUAGGGGGGAGAAACAUUAAAGUGGGACGGCCAAGCAACAUCGGUCAGGCUCAGCCGAUCAUAGACCAGUUAGCCGAAGAGGCCCGCGCCUUUAACAGAAUCUACGUAGCGUCCGUGCACCCUGACCUGUCAGACGACGACAUCAAGAGCGUCUUUGAGGCCUUCGGGAGAAUCAAGUCCUGUAUGCUGGCACGGGAACCCACGACAGGGAAACACAAGGGCUACGGCUUCAUAGAGUAUGACAAGGCCCAGUCGGCGCAGGACGCAGUGUCCUCUAUGAACCUGUUUGAUCUGGGUGGUCAAUAUCUGCGCGUGGGCAAGGCAGUGACCCCACCCAUCCCGAUGAUGGCGCCCACCGCGCCCGGGGGCCUGCCCCCUGCUGCUGCUGUGGCUGCUGCCGCGGCCACCGCCAAAAUCACCGCCCAGAUGGCAUGGAAUCUUUCCACUCCGGAGAAUCGGACAGAAGACUUCCUCAACUGUCUGGAAGCGGUGGCUGGUGCAUCCAUCCUGGGGGCAAUGACAGCCGGCUCGGUGAAUUUGCCACAGAUGCCCCAGGCCGUUAUGGCAGCCCAGGCCCCAGGGGUCAUCACAGGCGUGACUCCAGCACGGCCUGUGAUACCCCAGGUGGGCUUGGUGAACCCUGUCCUGGCCUCUCCGCCGGUGAUUUCCGCUGCUGUUGCUGCCGCACAGGAGGCCAAGGAGAAGAUGGAUAAGGAAGAAGAGGAAGCAGCCCUAGAUGGCACGGGUCAGGAGAUGCUCAGCGAACAGGAGCACAUGAGUAUCUCGGGCAGCAGCGCCAGACAUAUGGUCAUGCAGAAACUGCUGAGGAAGCAAGAGUCGACGGUUAUGGUGCUCAGGAACAUGGUCGGCCCUGAAGACAUAGACGACGACCUGGAAGGUGAGGUAACGGAAGAAUGUGGAAAGUUUGGUGCUGUCAACAGAGUGAUUAUUUACCAGGAGAAGCAGGGUGAAGAGGAGGAUGCCGAGGUCAUCGUUAAGAUCUUUGUGGAGUUUUCAGCAGCGUCCGAGAUGAACAAGGCCAUUCAGGCGCUUAACAACCGCUGGUUUGGAGGUCGAAAAGUCAUAGCCGAGGUUUAUGAUCAGGAGCGGUUUGACAACAGUGAUCUCUCGGCAUAGACUGAAAAAAAAAAAAAAAUCCAACCCCUUCUUCAGUGACCUGUUCUCUUGUUUUUCACACACACACACUUACAGCUGCUGACCACUAUUCCCAGUGGUGCAGGCCUCACUUUUUAACCUGUAAUUAUUUUUUAUUGAUGUUAAUAUUAAUAUUAUUACCGAUCCUGUUUGGGGACACACACAAACAAACGCUCAUGGAUUUUCUUUUUUUUUUUUUUCUUUUUUUUUUCUUCUUUUUUUUCUUUUUUUUUUUUAAAUCACUGUUGUGUACUGUGAAGGACUGGAAAUGUUUUUUGUAUUGGUUCCACAAUCCCCGCCCACCCAUUUCAGUUAUAGUUUGGAUUAGUUAAAAAAAAAAAUAUUUUUUUUUUUUGUUUAAUUCAAAAAUUACUUUUUUUCAGAAGAUUCAUUAUCUUGCUAUUAAACUUUUGGUUCCAAAUGUCCAGAAAAUAAAUUCUUCAAAUAUGA